AUGCAUUCAAAAAGGACUAGAAACAAAAAAAAUGAAAGUUUUUUUAAACGAUCAAGAAGUUAUCAACAAGAUUUUUUAUUCAUUUUAAUGGCAAAUAUAUUAUCGAUUAAAAAUUAUUUUUACAAAUCAAAGUUGUCUUCUGCAGAAUCAGAGAGGUUCAAUAUAUUAAUGCAAUGGUUUAGAAAAAGAUUUAAUACAAAAUCGAUAGAAGAACAGCUUGGUAUAUUUGAAAUAAUUAGGAAAGAUGUUAUAAACGGCGAUAUUAGUCUACUUAUUGUUAUCAAUUUUGUAAAUGAUUAUCUCUUGAACAUAAAAGCAUCUUUGUAUAAAAACAAAUUUUUACACUAA